AAUAAUUACCGUUUUAUAACUACGAUUAUGGCUUUAUUCGUGACCAAUGGACACACUAUUGAUACCUAUACUUCAGGUCAACUAACAGGCGUCGACAUGUGCUACAAUGACAAGGGUGAUAUUGUCAAACAGGGUGAACAGUACUUUCCAUUGGGAUCCGAUGUUUGCACACAGUGCACUUGUCUUAACGGUCGGCCAGAGAUGUGUAUAAGCGUACUGUGCUCUCCACCCCAACAGUGUCGUCAAUUUCAUGCCGUAAACGGCAAGUGCUGUGAAUUUGUAUGUUUGGACGGAGACUUUGGUGCCAACAGUGGUAUCAAAAUACUCAAUACAAGUAUCAUUAGAGGAACCGGUGGCGACAAUAGGACUCACGGAUCAGUUACCACUAAUAGCUUGGGUCUUCGGCUAAUUGCCAGUACUAUCACAUCAUUUCUGAUUUUGGCGCUACUCUUGUUUAUGAUUCACCGAUUAAGACAAAGGAGGCUAUUGUUAAUGAUUAGAAGACUCCAAACCCGGCGUUUAGAGCAAGUAAAUGGUCUGUCGGCGGAAAACCCUAAUCUCGGUUAUCUGAACGAACCGUACGAGUUUGGCGGGUCAUUCACCGAACCGCCGCCACCGUACACACUAUGGAAGCCUCCCGAACAAUAUAUACCGCCCGGUGAGGCGCCGCCACCUUACGAUGACUCGUUAGGUGUGACAGUUGUUCCCUGUUUUGACCAGUCAUUCAAUAAUAAUAAUAAUAAUAACAGCUACAAUAAUGGGAACGGUAGGGUCAACAUAGCAAACUAUGCGCUCGGAUCGCCGACACCAUUUCAACAGACACAGCUGUUGACUACAGCCGCCAAUAAUAGGCCGACACUGUAUGUCCGUAGUUCGCCAUUCCUCUCCACAGGCAGUACGGCCACCACCACUACAACACUGGGCGCACCCAUAGUCGACACUAUCAGCUCCGACGGUUGUUACGAGCACAUCACUAUCGUACGCAUCAACGACACGCCGGGUAAUACAGUGACCAUACUAUCGAACAGUGAUAAUACAGUUGGUUAUGGCGUCGGUGGUGAUGACAAUCGCCGAGCAUUAUGUGAGUCUAAUUCUAUGUCAUCCAUAGCCAGCACCAGUAGCUCGUCGUCGUCUACGACGUCAUCGACACGGGGCGAUCCGCUACAGUCGCCCACCAAUUGUUCAGUCAGUAGUUCGUCGACAUCGACGCAGUCAACGGUUAGACAUCAGGACAACAAUCAUACCAUUAGCCGACUAUAAGACUUGAAUGACUUUGUUUUUUCUCAGAUGUCAUUGUUAUUGUUAUUUAAAAAAAUCGCAAUUCAUAUAUAGAUAUAUUAAUAGUAAUUAAUAUAAACAAAUUGUUGUGUUUUUCAAUUGACAUAAAACCCAUAAAUGACAUUAUUAUAAACUGAUCUCAUGUGUGACACCCGAUACACUCAACAACAACAACACCAACAAAAACUACUAUCACUGAAUCUCAUCCAUACUAUCGCAUAGUGGGAGAGGAGGGAGAGUAGGUGUCAGUAGCACUCUCCUGAUCGUAGCAGGAGAUACCAACUCUUUAAAAAAAUAAAUGCUAUCAAAUAAAUCCUAUCUCUCCCACUGAAAAAAAGUCAUUAAAUAUUGGAUUGUUUUUUGCCACUCUUUUAUUACACUUAUUGUAAUCACACACAAACACACUCACAGUUGAUGACAAGUCAAUUGCAGUAUACACCGGGUGGGGUGGUGUGGGUUCAUUGUACCCAACCAUCAGACAUACCGGUGCGCUUGUGAUUGAUUUCUGGACGAAUGGAACUGACAGAAGAAAUUGGAAACUCAACUAAUUUCGAUUACUUCUUAUUGUUUCAUUAAAUAUCUUGUGGUAUAAAUAGUACUGCAUUUUACUAGUUUUUAACCAUCACUUUCAUACAACAUCAUCACUAACAACACAAACACUUUAAAAUCUCUAUCUGUGUCUUUCAAAGAGCUGCUGCUGUGUAUCCCAAAGAUAUCUCCUUUAAACAACAACAACAACAACAUCACCACAACUACAGAAAAGAAAUAUGAUUUUCGAUUGUCUUCUUUAUUUAAGUAGACUUUUGUUGGACUGUGCCUAUCGUUUGAUGUGCUGUUGUCUUACAAAAGUCAUAUAAAAUUUCAUAUUUAUUAUAUAAUUACAAUUAAAAGCAAUCAAGACUACAGACCGGGCGUCCAGUCUUAGACAUUGUAUACUUCUUGGC